AUGUCGCUCGCACCACCUCCGCCCGGGAUCGCCUCGUCGCCUUCGCCUGCUCGCACGCCACGGUCGGCGGGCCUGUCGCGCUCGGCGUCCGUCAUCGUCACCUCGAGGCGUCCCUCUGUGCACCUCGUCGUCCCGCCGGCCCAGCCUCAGCUCUCUCGUCCGAUCACCUUUGCGCUCCCUCCACCGACCUCGCACGCGCACGGCAACGGCGCACUCGCCUCGCCCAGCACCCCGUCGCACGAGCGCGCCAACCCCUUGUCGCCCUCCUCCGCCAGCGCCAGCCCGACCUCGUUCCUCAACCGCCUCUCGCGCAAGCUCUCGGUCGGCCGCACCCAGCUCGUCCGUCGCGUCAGCAAGGGCAAGAAGACGAGCCCGUCCGCGUCCAAGCCCGUCUCGGUCCACGCCGCCGACAAGGAGAACCGCGCGAGCUCCGAGGCCGCCGCCGUCGCGCCCGCCCCGGGCCCCUCGCUCCAGCGCGGUACCCGCGUCACGGCGACGACGAUGCGGCGCAGCAAGAGCGAGGGCAAGCGCGCGCCGCGCCUGCCCGUCGAGGAGCAGAAGAUGCAGGAGCUCAUCUCGCGCACCAACGGGUUCGUCGAGGCAGCAGGCGGGGCGGGCACGGUGGCGGCGGGCGACGGGCGGUCGUACGUCGGCAGUUUGGUCUGGUCCGAGUCGCUCGGGCUCUGCUGGGAUGGGAGGGAGGAAGUUCGGCCCGACACGACGUUCGCCUUCCAGCGGUACACGUCCGACGACGACGAGGUCGCCAAACGCGCCGUCUACGCCUCGACCCUGUCGUCCUUCCCACCUCGCCCGCCUCUCCGCCCUCGCACGCCAGAGCUCACGCCGGCUCGCCAGAUCAUCGCCGAGUACCGCGCGACGCACAGCCCAAUCACGCCCGGCACGCGCUCGCGCUCGAGGGCCAUGAGCGACGCCGACACGGCCGUCGGAUCGCCCACGCCCAACUCGCACCUCGUUACGCCGCUCAACAUGGACAACCUCACGACUCGUCCACCCUCGCCGACCGCCCUCGGCCCGAUCGACCCGCUCGUCUCGGCUCCCCUCGACGAGGCGACUUCUCCCGCCUCACCCUCGUCGCCCACGUCGCCACUCUCUGCCGCCGCCGCGCACGCCGCACGCUCGUACGCGUCGUCGUCUGCGUCGUCGGUGGCGAGCGGCGCCGAGGAGCGCUUCCGCUUCGGCAGCGGCAGCGAGACGAGCGCCGGCGGCGGCGGUGGCCCGUUCGUCCUCUUUGCGCCGUCGCCGAUCGGGCUCGGGGCUCACGGGCGCGCCGACAGCGCGACGAGCCUCGAGAGCAUGGGCGGCGCGGCACCGGUCGGCGUCGGCACGGGCACGCGCCCGCUCGCGGCAGGGGCCAAGCUGCACGCCCCGAGGGAGAUGCAGCGGUUCCAGCUCGUCGACGACGGGCCGGUGCCCAAGCCGAGCGGGCCGCACGACGACGCCGCGAGCUCUAUCGUCGACGUCGACGAGUGGAAGGACUGCGAGUGAGCGGGACGGCGCCUCUUCGUCCUCGUCCUCUCGCCAACAGACACUCUUCGCCUUUCGCCUCGGCCUCGUUCGACCCUCGACGACUUGACCAGCCUACGUCGCCUCCCCUGUCGCCCUCCUCACCCUAAUGUCCCUCGCCACGACCCGCCACGACCCGCCGCACGCGCCCGUCCGCACUCGCAGACACUCUCCGUCCUCCUUCCCCAGAGACACUCUUAGCCGCUGUAUCCUUCGUCCCCUCCCUGUGCACCCCCUCUCUCUUCGUCGACCCUGUGUUGUCGACGUCUGUAACCCCUUUUGUCGGUGCACUCGAGGUCGCCGUGCCUCGUUCG